AUCGAGACCCAAAAGGUCAAAAACAACAAAAAUAAAAAAGAAUAGCUGAAAGUUUCGAAAAAAAAAAUCCAAAGCUCCCAUUCUGAGCCACUCGCCCAGAGAUACGACUGCAGUGUACACACUACUCUACUCUUCCAUGGCCAAAACUUGAACAAAAAAAAAAAAGGGUUCGAUGGCCUGUAUUUCCACAUGCUUCACUGUAUCACCGGCUUGUUGUCGCCUCCACCCCAGGCCCUCCAUUUUCCCCAAACAUCCCAACCCCUUUCCUUCCAUCCAAGCACCGAUUUCUUUCAGGGGGACCGCAGGGAAAGUUCGCGACCCUAGGGUUUUGAUACGGGCCGUGAGAGCGAGCGUGGACAUCGCUUCAGCGAUCAGGCCCGGAGGUUCGGUGGAGAGCGAUAAAUUGCCCUCGGAUGUCAGGAACCGAGCCAUGGAGGCCGUGGACACGUGCGGAGGGAGGGUCACCAUUGGCGACGUGGCGAGCAGAGCCGGCCUCAAGUUGAAUGAAGCUCAGAAGGCCUUGCAAGCUCUUGCUGCUGACACCAAUGGCUUCUUGGAGGUUUCGGACGAAGGUGAUGUUCUGUAUGUUUUUCCCAAAGAUUAUCGAGUGAAGCUUGCGGCCAAGUCAUUUAGAUUCAAAGUUGAGCCUGUGAUUGAGAAGACAAAGGCUACAGCUGAGUAUUUAGUGAGGGUUUCCUUCGGUACUGCACUGGUUGCUUCAAUUAUUCUUGUUUAUACCACAAUUAUUGCUGUUCUUGUUUCUGGUAGUAGAAGUGAGGAGGAUAGUCGUGGAAGACGUGGAGGUAGAGCAUAUGAUUCGGGAUUCAGCUUUUACAUCAAUCCACUAGACCUGUUUUGGUACUGGGAUCCAUAUUACUAUAAGAGGCGACAGAUAGAAAAAGAUGAUGGCAAAAUGAAUUUCGUUGAAUCCAUCUUCUCAUUCGUGUUUGGGGAUGGUGAUCCAAAUCAAGGAAUUGAAGAGGAGAGAUGGAAGUUGAUUGGGCAAUACAUAACCUCUAAUGGUGGUGUUGUCACAGCUGAAGAACUUGCUCCAUAUCUUGAUGUAGAAACUGCAGAGGGGACUACAAAUGAUGAAUCAUAUAUCUUACCUGUUCUUUUGCGGUUUGAUGGUCAGCCUGAAAUAGAUGAAGAGGGAAAUAUUCUGUAUCGCUUUCCAUCUCUACAGCGUACAGCUUCUUCUCAAAGAAGUAAACAAAAGGAAUAUGUGGGAAGAAGAUGGACUGAGUGGGUUGGAGGGAUUGAAAAGUUUUUCAAGGAGAGGACAUGGCAAUUCAGUAAAACUAGCACUACAGAAACAGCAAUGGUGAUUGGUUUAGGCGGGCUUAACCUAUUUGGUAUCAUUGUUCUUGGAGCUAUGUUAAAGGAAAUGACAGUUAAACCUAGUGGGUUAAUUAAAUUUGUCACUGACAUGUUUCCUCUCCUUCAGAUUUAUGCUGGCUCUUUCUUUGCAAUUCCUUUGAUCCGGUGGUUCCUCAUCCGCAAUAGGAAUGCUAAAAUAGAAGAGAGAAACCGAGCUAGGCAACAGCGUGCUCAAGCACUUGAAUUGCCUGAUCUUUCACUGAGGCGAAAGCUCCUCAGUGCUCGGGACAUGGCGCAGAGAACAUUCAUAGGACAGGAUCGAAUUGUCUACAGCACUGACAGGGACUUAAUUGAGCAAGACUUUGAGGCCCAGGAAUGGGAUAAGAGAUUUCGAGAGAUAGAAAAGUCAGAUUGAGUUGAGGCCACUGUAACUUGUUUAACAGGGACUUGAGCUCGGUGUUUUCUUUUUGAGAACAUUAGAGUCUCAUCUCAGUCUGCAACCUCCAAGCCGAUAUCUUCUCUUGGCAAGCCGGGUCCUAUUGCUAGAAAUUUCAAUAUGAGAAGAUCCCGAGGUACGCAGCUUGGACAGCAAAGCCUUGUGAUUUAAUGUUUCCACUGGACUUUAGCCUCAAGUUGCCACAUACAAAUGAAGAAAAAGGACUUUAUGAUUGAAUGGUUGUUUUUGUUUUUGUUUUCAUUACAUUCAUGUCGAUGCAGCAGCCGGCCACAUAUACGAGCUUUUGUCUAUAAAUUACUGUCCUAUUUUGGCUAUUUAAAAGUGACUAAAUCUUUGUAUAUUAUGUGCAAUAGUGACCUCCACAAGCCUUAAUGGGGGAGGAGGCGAAGUUGUUAAGAGUCAUAUUUCUUCAUAAUAAUGUUAGAUAUCA